UCUCACACUGGCCCCUGCAUCGAAAGAGAAGAACAAAGCCCGCAUCCACCGUGACGUCACACACCCGCCUUCCGCGUGGUGGUCAUGGGUAAUGUAGUUCUUGGGUCUUAUUGGUCUAAACUGCGACGCGCGGCAAUUUUGUCAACAACCGGUCCAGAGAAGCUUUUCCAUUUUUUCCUCCAAAAGUGUUCCGUCUCAUUAUCUCUCACUGUAACACCGCGCUUUAUGCAGACCAGCCCGCGUCUUCUUCUUCUUCCUCUUCCUCUUCUUCUUCUUCCUCUUCUUCUUCUUCUUCUUCUUCUUCAGUGUUGCGGUUAUGGAGGGUCGGUGUGCUGUUGAGACCUGGGCAGAGUUUGGCUUCUCAGGAACACCAUGCGCACCGUGGCUCCAGGUUGCUUUUGGUACUGACGUGCUCCUCUUCGCGGGCACCGACGAGGUCUUCGUCUUCAGCUCUCAUGAAAGGAAACUCACGGUUGUCAUCGCGUGUCCCGGUCCUGUUACUGAUCUCGUUGAGAGUCAUGACAAGCGGUUCCUCUUCGUGGCCUGUGCAUGCAGAGUUUAUCGCGUCAGCUCUCAACUACUGGAAUCCAGAGCUGGAAGCCCCCCAGCUGAUGCCCACCGCGGUCCAGCCGAACUGAAGCUGACCUCCGAGUUCCUUGCCUUUGCAGAAGAAGGCGUGUUGUCGCUGCUCCUCGUCGGCUCUGUCCUCCUGACGCUCUCUCAGAGACGCUCGUCCUGGACUCUGACUUUGUACGGAUCCUCGGACUAUGAGGUGCUCCGGUCAGUCAGUCUGGCCUCGGGAGUUGUGCACAAUGAGACGGGAACGAGAAGGAGGCCACCGCUGACCUGUGUCCGAUCCAGUGCCGCAACGCCGCCACCCUCCGCGUCUUCAUCUGUGAGCGACGGCUGCUUGUGCCUGGAGCCGAUCCUCUUCAAGCGGCUGUUUGGAAUCGACGCCGCCCUCGCCAAGUCGCCGGUCGUCCUCUGCGGCCUGCCGGACGGGCGCCUGUGCUUUCUUCCCCUGCGCCCGCCCGGGUCGCGACUCGCCGUCCUCCACAGCCUCGAGCAGCCGGUGGUGUUCGUUGGAGCUUCUGGCGUCACGGACAACGGUCGGGGACACGCGCGUUGUUUGGUGGCGGUGGGUGAACAAGGGAAGGUGGUGCUGAUACAGGCAGAGAAGGGAGGGGCGGAGGGAGGGGCCGACAGAACGGGUUUCACCGAGGGGUGUGUCCCGGGGCCCGUGGCGUGCGGCUGUGUGGAUGAAAAGCGCCUUUACUACAGCACCGGGUCGGACCUGCUGGUACUGGAUCUACCGGAGGAAUCACCUGAGAGAGACGGCCCGAGUGUGGAGAAAUCCAGAGUGACCCACGCAGCCCUGCAGAGCCCCUCCAGUCUGAACGUGUGCAGGGUCCUCGCCUUGGCUCCGCCCACACGCAGCACCGCAGGGGAAGUGGAGCUGCUGGGACUGUCUGCCAGAGGGCAGCUGCAGAGGAUCACCUUACCUGUGGACAGAGGGGAUGCAGGUUGGCCCAACGCGCCGUCCACGCCGGGGGGGCGCGGCGUCCGAGACCUCCUGUCUGCGAUCGGGGACGUCUGUGAAAGAGCGGCAGCGCUGAAAGCGGCCGUCAAAUCCAAAAACCAAAUCCUGAGGCGCCUGAACCAGGUGCUCAACAUCUGCUUCCUGCUGACAGCCGACACGAAUACCGGCGAGCGGGACAAGCCAAUCGGAUGCCGCGCCACGGCCAGCUGGAGCAGACUGCUGGAGGAAGACUCCCUGACGCUGACCUGCGUCCUGGACAAUUCAAGUCCUUACGUUUUGGAACGCGGCUGGACGCUGAGCGUCGCCGCGUCUCCUCUGUCCGGUCCUCCGGCUGCGGGAGGCCAAAGCCCCUCCGCUCAUUUUUCGUUCCCGUUCCACGGUCUCCACCCGGGCGAGACGCUGGAGGUCUCGCUGCCCCUGGCAGCCGCAGGUCAAUCGUCCCUCCCCGUGACGGCCAGCUGCUCGCUCAGCUUCUCCCUCGCCGGCCUGCUGGGCGAGGAGGCCGCCGCCCUUCCCGGCCUGCAGCCCGGUUGCGUGAGUUUGCCCCUGAACACGCUGACGGUAGACUGGCUGCACGCCCUGCGGGUGACAAGCCCCGCCCACGGGAAGACCCCACCUCAGUCCGGCAACACGUCGGACGCCAUCCAAGCCUUUUUAAGGUCGCGCCGGAUGGGCUGCGGCGGAGCAGCAGAGGCAGGAGGGGAGCGAGGGCGGCACGCGGCGAGCGUCCGGGUGUCGGCGGAGUCGCUGAGGGACGCGCGGGCGCUGAGAGCCUCCGAUGCGGACGCUCCUCCAGAUGUGGGCCUCUCUCUGCUGGAAUGGCUGCUGUCCGAAGCCCUCGGAGGCGUCUCAGCGGGACGCCGCCGAGGAGACGGGAACGCCCUCCGCAGCUCAGUGGUCCACGGGCGAGACCCGAGCGGACACCCGGUCAAGCUGACCGCGAAGGAGGUAGUAGUGGCGGAGGGGAGGAGGGGGGAGGAGGAGGAGACGACGCCGACCGCGGUGGAGGUUCAGGUUGAGAGCUCAUCCGUCGCAGCAGUGUGUGGACUGCAUCACGCCGUCCUGACCCGGAUUCAGGCGCUGCUGCAGACGGCCCCCGAGCCGGCUGCUUCUAAGCGGCGGACCCAGAGUGCAGGUCCAAGGAACGCCCUGCGGCGGGCCGAGCGCCUGCUGCAGCGGAUCCAGCAGAGCCGGGUCUCGGGGGCCUUCGGAGUAGGCGUGUCCACGGGGACGGUGUGCCAAUCACUUCUCAGCGUUUACCAAGAACUCAGAGAAAACCCUCUCAUCGUGAUUUAACACCUUCUCCGAUCUUAUGAAACCGGACUCUGCAGCUGAUGCGUGAGAAAUGUGUGUCCAUAAAUAUGAGGAAGAAAGAAUUCAUGAUGCGUUAUUUUGUCAUUUGUACUGUAUUGUCUCAAGUCCCAGUACAAACCGCUAGGUUCGCCCCAGGGUGACUAUAGAGCUCCGGUGGAAUAAAAAAGUCUGCUGUAA